AUGGCUUCGCUAGUACGGUUCAUCACGGCCGUCGCUGCCCUAGCGACGACUGCUCAAGCGGCCUCCCUCCAGCAGGUCACCGAGUUCGGCCCCAACACUUCUGGAACUAAGAUGUAUCUAUACGUGCCAGACUCUCUCAGUUCGGCAGGCAAUAACACGAACGCACCAGUCAUCGUCGCCAUCCACUACUGUACCGGCACCGCAGAGGCGUACUUUUCUGCCACGCCAUAUCCAACUCUCGCCGAGCAGUAUGGCUUUAUUGUUAUCUAUCCCGAAUCACCUUACGAGGGAACGUGCUGGGAUGUCUCCUCGCAGGAGGCGCUCACCCACGGCGGCGGCGCGGACACAAGCUCCAUCGCGGAGAUGGUUGCUCACACCAUCAGCACCUACGGCGCGGAUAGCUCUCGGGUGUUCGUAACGGGAAGCAGCUCCGGCGCGAUGAUGACCAACGUCUUGGCGGCUACGUACCCGGACGUCUUCAAGGCUGCGACGGUGUACUCUGGUGUGCCGGCGGGCUGCUUCUACACGGGCACUAUAGACGGAUGGAAUUCGACAUGCUCUUCGGGUGAGAGCAUCCACACGCAGAAGGAAUGGGCAGAUACCGCACUGGCCAUGUACCCGGGCUAUACUGGCCCGAGGCCGAAGAUGUUGAUCUUCCACGGAACCGCGGACACGGCUCUGUUGCCUCAGAAUUUCAACGAGACCAUCAAGCAGUGGACUGGCGUCUUCGGGUACUCCGACAUUCCUGAACAGACGUUGGAGCAGACGCCUUCCGCCGCUUAUACCAAAUAUGUGUAUGGAGAUAACGUCGUAGGAAUAUACGGCACGGGCAUCGGGCACACGGUCCCGGUCAUGGGGGAUGAGGACAUGGCGUGGUUCGGUAUUUCGAACACUACGGCGGCGUCCAAGAGGAAGUUUCGAGUGUUUUGA